CUGUGUGCUGGUGGCUAGGAGCAAACCCACUGGUACUGACGUCCACUCUAGCUUGUGACUGUCAUCUUCCACGCGGUAGCUGCCCUCGAUGCGCCCCUUCUCGUAGAGGCUGUUUCCUUUGACCCUUUUUGGUGCUUCAGAAUAGCGUCUUCCCGAGACGGGAAUUUAUCUCCACUCGGUCCCUAUCCGCCUCCUCGAGGAGCCUCCCACUUCAGAAGAAAAACAUCGAUCACCAUCUUAUUCCGUCCACGAUCUCAAGACCAGAGAAUGGCAGGUGAACAGAAACCCUCAAGCAACCUCCUGGAGCAAUUUAUUUUAUUAGCCAAAGGUACCAGUGGCUCAGCCCUCACCACUCUCAUAAGCCAGGUGCUGGAGGCUCCUGGAGUAUAUGUGUUUGGAGAAUUGCUGGAGUUGGCCAAUGUUCAGGAGCUUGCAGAAGGAGCUAAUGCGGCAUAUUUGCAGUUGCUGAACCUGUUUGCCUAUGGAACGUACCCAGAUUACAUAGCCAACAAGGAGAGCCUGCCAGAACUGAGUGCAGCUCAGCAGAACAAGCUGAAACAUCUUACCAUCGUGAGUUUGGCAUCAAGAAUGAAGUGUAUCCCUUACUCUGUGCUGCUGAAGGACCUGGAGAUGAGGAAUCUCCGGGAACUAGAGGACCUUAUCAUUGAAGCUGUCUACACUGACAUCAUCCAGGGCAAGCUGGAUCAGCGAAAUCAGCUCCUGGAAGUGGAUUUUUGCAUUGGCCGUGACAUCCGAAAGAAAGAUAUCAAUAAUAUUGACAAGACCUUGCAUGAGUGGUGUGAUGGCUGUGAGGCAGUUCUGUUGGGCAUUGAACAGCAAGUUCUGAGAGCCAACCAGUACAAAGAGAACCACCACCGGACUCAGCAGCAGGUGGAGGCAGAGGUUAGUAACAUCAAGAAGACACUCAAAGCAACAGCAUCCUCCUCAGCUCAGGAAAUGGAACAGCAGCUGGCUGAGCGAGAGUGUCCCCCUCAUACUGAGCAGAGGCAGCCCACUAAGAAGAUGUCCAAAGUGAAAGGUCUGGUCUCCAGCCGCCACUAGGGCUGGCUGGGGCAGCUGGCACUCACCAGGCCUGGGUCAGGUGGGGAGGGGACACCCAGGGCCUAUUCCUCCCCUCUCUACCUGCAGUGAGUUCCAGACCUGCCCACCCUCACCAGUACCUCCCCAUCCAUUGGUACCAUUGUGGAAAAUGAUUGCUCCUCCUCCUUCACCUCCCUUCCCUAGUUGUUCCCUUCAGACUCAGGGGCUCAACGGAUGCCAUCCUCACAGGGUCCGACACUGCCCAGCUUCCCUCCAGGGGUUCCUGUCUCUGUGUGUGGGCUACCUCCCUCCCAGUCGUUGUUUUGCUCCGUGUCAUUUUGUCAGGCUGGUUCUGAGCUGGAGGCAGUUUAUCCAGCCCUGAGGGAUGACUGUGGAGGAGGCUUCUCUCUGAGUGAAGAGGAGGCCUUGCUUCUCCAGCCCCAUGUACCACAGUACCCACAAUGGUGCAAGUGUCUAGUCAGGUAGCCACAGUGUUCCCCUCUCCUGCCUUACUCCUGUUGGCAGCGCCAGUUCAGGCUGUGGAGGGAUGUGGUGCUGGGCUCUGUUUACUAAACCUUUGGGUUUUCAGCCUCCUAAGCCCAGCCAGGAUCUCUCAUCAAGUUGGGAGCACUGGGCUGACUAACCUCUGGUGUCUGAUACAAGUGGAGGGUGCUUGGGGUCUGUGGGUAGCAGAAGGUGUUUCUCCGGGCUUGUCCUCAGCUGGCCACUCCUCCUGCUGUCUUUGACUGCUCAGCACUUAGGCCCAGUUGCCCACUGGGAUUGUCUGCCAACAUUUGCUCUCCUGAGAUCUUUCAUGCCUCCUGGCUGCCCUUGGGAUAGGAAUGGCGAUGCCGAAGCCCCUCAGACUGGUGAAUGACCAUUGCUGCUUCUUUCUCCUUCCUUCCCGCCCCUCCUUGGCUGGUGACCUGAGUCCUCUAAUGACAUCAUACUCCUGGCCAGAGAAAAGGACUUGACUAGACUUUCUGAACUUGAACAGUUUCAGGUUAUAUUUUAAUUUUUUUUUUUUUUUGUACAGGUUGAUUCUAAUACAUUUCAACAUGCUUUUUUCUC